GUCAGCAUCUUCGUCGUCGGGUCUUUGUGCAUAAUAAUCCGAUUUUAGGGUUCGUAUUUUAGUCGAACGAUUGCUUGUAGUAUCUAUUAAUAUAGAGCCUCGCUUCAAGAUAUGAAAGAAAGCUCGAGUCUUUGUUAGGAAAGACAUUUUCUUUUAUCUAUUUUUAUCGCGAUUAUUCUUUGUCAAUGGCAUUUUGUAUGUAUCGUUGCCGGGCUUUGAUGUCAAAGCGUCGAUUUGUGUUGUUGUGUUAGGCUUGUUUUGAGCACUCGUAUUUUCGAUGAUUUUUUGGGUCUCGUAUGGACAUUUUAAGUUACUUGAUGGCAAAAUUAUAACCCGAUAUCUGUUUACAUUGGUACUUUUAGAAUAUUUAUUACUAUUCAUCGUCAAUAAUUUUUACAAAAUUUGGCAUCAAAUAAUAAUUUUUUAUUGUUGUCAAAUUUUUGACGGAGCCAAAAAUAGUUCAAAAGAAAAUGUUAAAAUUCUCGAACAUGUUACGAUUAUUUAGAGUCGUUGUACGCUCCGCUGAAGAGAUUGUACCCCAGUGGUGUGUACAUAUUGAGAACUUGCUGAGUUGCUAGUUAAAAAAAAAAACCUAAAAAUGGCGACUGAUGAUACGACUCAGCCAAAACCCUCGCCGGAGAUCCCUUCCACCGUUUCCACAGCUCCGACGGCAGACGUUCCGCCUUCUGCCCCCACAGCCACCGUCGCUGAGUCCUCCGCCACCACCGUCGCUGCAUCGUCCGCCGCCACCGUUGCUGCGUCGUCCGCCGCCACCGUUGCUGUAUUGUCCGCCGGUACAGUCGCGGCAUCUGCCCCUACCACCGUUGCUGCAUCGUCGACCGCCACCGUUUCUACUACGGCUACGGCUACGGCUACGGCUACGGCUACGGCUACGGCUACGGCUACCCCAAACCCAACCCCAACCGCAACCGCAACCCCAGCCGCCGCCACCACCACCUCUUCGGCUACCGUUGCUAGUCGUCCUCCCGAACCCGACGCCGACGUCAUUCACAUCCCGACAUAUUCUCGGUGGUUUUCGUGGAACGGAAUUCAUGAAUGCGAGGCUAGGUUCGUGCCAGAGUUCUUUGACGGCAGGUCGCCCUCGAAGAACCCUAAGGUUUAUAAGUACUACAGGAAUUCGAUCAUACGGCGCUUCCGCGAGAAUCCUAACCGGAAGAUUACUUUCACGGAGGUGCGGAAAGCAAUUGUCGGUGACGUUGGAUCCAUUCGGAGGGUUUUCGAUUUCCUCGAAGCUUGGGGGUUGAUUAAUUAUUCCGGCUCUACUCAGAAGCCUCAGCUGAAAUGGGAAGAUAAGGAGACCAAGUCCGCCGCGCACGGCGGCGAUGGGGCGGAUGUUGUUGUUCCAAAGAAGAGGAUAUGCAGUGCGUGCAAGGCUCUUUGCACCAUUGCCUGCUUUGCCGCUGAUAAGCAUGACAUGACUCUCUGUGCAAGAUGCUUCGUUCGGGGGGCUUAUCGGGUGGGCAUGAAUUCAUCGGAUUUUAAGCGAGUUGAGAUUACGGAUGAGGGGAAGACAGAUUGGAGUGAUAAAGAGACGUUGCAACUUCUUGAAGCUAUAAUGCACUAUGGGGAUGAUUGGAAGAAAGUGGCAGAGCAUGUUGGUGGGAGAACUGGGAAGGAAUGUGUUGCACGAUUCAUAAAGCUUCCGUUUGGCCAGCAGUUUGCCGGUCCUCCAGAAUCCAGUGAGCCGGAUGUAGAGUUAGGUAUGCAAAAUGUUGCGACGCCGGCAAAAAGGAUACGGCUCUCACCUCUUGCUGAUGCAAGUAACCCAAUAAUGGCGCAGGCUGCUUUUCUCUCUACAUUGGUGGGAGUAGAUGUUGCUGAAGUGGCUGCGAGAGCUGCAGUAACUGCUUUGUCAGAUUUUGGUGAUAAAAAGCAACCAGGUACCAAUGGCGAAUCUGAUACUGCCCCUAAUGGCACUAUCCCGGAUUCAAUCGAAGAACCUCUCGCUGAAGCGAAGUUGCAGCUGAAUAAGGAAGAAGAGGAGCUGGAGGAAGCAAUUUCUGGAAUCGCCACCCAGAUAAAAGAGAUAGAAGACAAGAUUCACAACUUUGAGGAAUCCGAGUUGCAUAUGGAGAGAAAAUAUCAAAACCUGGAACAACUUCAGAACCGGCUCUUCAUUGAUCAACUUGCGCUUGUGUUUCACAAGAAUGAGUUGCCUAAACGUACCAGGGGAGGCUAUCAAGAGUGAAUCAAUCUUUCGCUCUCACUGCUUAAUCCUUUGUUGCAGAUUAUUUGGCUCGUUUGAGUCGAAACAAAGCUACUCGCUAUCCCGGCAUAUCCAGGCUUUGAGCUGUGUCGACGAUUAGAUGAAUCCUUAUCCUUCAGUUGAAGGAGACUGCCGUUGGCUGAAUUUGUGCUUACUCACUACUCAGGUUCGAUUUUUACGAGGUUUUACUUACAGGCAUAGGUGUGUGUGUGUGACUAUGUUAGAAGUGGUGAUGGAAAUGUUUGUAUUGUAUCGAUAAUGUGUCUGGAUUUUAUUUUAUAAUCAUACUAAAAGUGCGAUGCUAAUUAGUCCUAAUCAAGCAUAUUGAUAAAAUAUAGACUACAACACAUUUGUUGAAUUAGUACCACAUGUGUUGUUGGUUUGUAUCUUAUGUAUAUGUUGUCUUUAACAUAUAUCUUGCGUUAAGAUCAGUGAUAUGUAUUAGACCAUUUGCAUCGAACAAAGAGAUUAUAAAUUUAUUUCUAUUUCCACGUCA